GGAAGCUAAUAAGUGUAGAACCAGGAUGUGUUACCGGCUUUUCAACAUGGCCGCGUCCGUGGAGAGUGAUUUGUGAAGGAGACUAAAUUCUGCACACAGUCUCAUCUUUAACGGUCAGUGUGAUGAGUGUAUCAUGAAGUGUGUCCGCUGCCUGCUCCAGCUGCAGAGCCUCCGACUGCUGGGUCAGUCAACCAGGUGUUCUGCACAGUACAGCUCUCUGCUCCCGUCAGCCUCCAGUCAGCCUGGCCUGCCACACAGCACCCAGCAGCAGGUGUCGAGGUCUUUCCACAGCAGUUCAGCAUGCAGCAAAAGUCGGCCCGUUCCUACCGAUUUCCUUAAAGACCAAGACGGGAAAAAGGACAAGUCUCUGGUCGUCCAAAAAGACCUGUUUGAAGAGGUGGCGAAAGACAUUAAAACCAAGGCCACGUUUAACAAGGUGGUGGAAGUGUUCACCAAGAGAGACGUGAGGCGGCGGGGUCACGUGGAGUUUAUUUAUGCUGCCCUGAAGAAGAUGCCCGAGUUUGGAGUGGAGAGAGACAUUACUGUGUACAACAAGCUGCUGGACGUGUUUCCCAAAGAGGUUUUUGUUCCCAGAAACUUCAUCCAGAGAAUGUUCAACCACUACCCGCGACAGCAGGAAUGUGGGGUGCAAGUCCUGGAGCAGAUGGAGAACUAUGGUAUUACGCCCAAUGUGGAGACCAAGGUCCUGCUGGUCCAGAUCUUCGGUGAUAGGAGCCACCCCAUGAAGAAAUACCAGCGCAUCAUGUACUGGUUUCCCAGAUUCAAGCAUACAAACCCGUUCCCAGUCCCCCGGCAGCUGCCUGAAGACCCAGUGGAUCUGGCUCGCUUCAGUCUGACCCGCAUCGCUAAUGACCUUGAUGCUAAAGUCACCGUCUACCAGGUGCCAUUUACAGAUGUGAGCGAGAGUGGAGAGGAUAUCACAUGUCCACAUAUAGUAGGUAUUCAGAGUCCCAGUCAGAUGGAGCUGUUGGCUCAGCAUAACCCCAGCAGACCUGUGUUCGUAGAGGGCCCAUUCCCUCUGUGGCUGAGAAACACCUGUGUCUAUUACUACGUCCUGAGGGCCGACCCCACGCCUGAGGAGAAGAAAGAGGAACCCUAUGAUCCAGAGCGCUGUUUUGACUACCCCCUACAGCUGGACAUAGAUUUAGAGCGAGACCUUGGGGAUGAUGAGGAGUUUGACGUGGAGGAUUUGGACGAGGGUCCGGUCUACGCCAUGUGUAUGUCCGGACAGGGAGACCAGGCCACACUCAACCAGUGGAUCUCUGGUCUCCAGCAGACCAAUCCCAUUCUGGGUCAGGUCCCUACACUUUUCCGUCUGGACUCCGGGCCCCGGGAUCUUCAGGGACCAGCUGAAACCGAAUCUGGUCCACGACACCAGACUGACACAGAGACCCACAACCAGAGCAGAGAAGAAGUACAAGACGAAGAAGCUGAAGAACCACGGAGGACCCAGGGGAUGAAGCAGUGAGAUUAGUCAUAACAGGACCGAACAUACAGGAUCAUAACAUACUGUACUCCAUAUGAGCUCAUUUUAGGAGCAGACGCAGCAAGAACUGAGGUUUAGGAUGUUAAUAAAUCAAACCAGAACAAAAAUAGUUCCACUUCCAAAUGUUAUAUCUGUUGAUCUGCUUUGUGCUGUGAAUAAUGUAACUAUGUAAUGUCCAAAACCCACACAGCAGACUGAUCACUGAAAGGAAAAGGAAUCAAAUAAAUGGUAUAUCUUUAUCUUCAC